AUAAACUGUUGCCAAGAACCCUUGAUGUAGGAGCAGAGAGCUGGGGCCCUAGAGCCAAGUGCUUAUGCAACCCCAGAAGAAGGCAAGUGGGUGUUAUAAUUAGCAUAACUCUCAGUGCUGAGAGUCAUUGUGAGCUGGGACAGAGGGAGGUGAGGCAGCAUGGCUGGGUUUAAUGUCCACAGCAUUCUGGUGACUGGAGCCAAUCGAGGAAUUGGCUUUGAGCUCGUCAAGCAGUUCCUGGAGAGAUCAAACCCACCUGAGAAGAUCUUUGCUACCUGCCGGAACCCAGAUGGAGCACAGGAAUUAAAGAAUUUGGCCUCCAGGCAUCCAAACCUGGUGAUAGUCCAACUAGAAGUCACUGACCCAGUCAGCAUCAAGGCGGCAGCAGCCAGAGUUGAGGGGCUUUUGAAGGGCUCUGGACUGAACCUGCUGAUAAACAACGCUGGGAUUGUGAAGACGACUACCCUAGAGGCAGAGACGCCAGAGUACAUGUCCCAGGUAUAUGCCACUAACACGAUUGGACCCCUGGUCAUAAGCCAGGCGUUCCUGCCCUUGCUGAAGAAGGCUGUCCAGGAAAGUGCCCAGAAAGGGCUAAGCUGCAGCAAGGCAGCCAUUAUCAACAUGUCCAGUGAAGCUGGCUCCAUCAAGAAUGUCCUAGCUUGGGAAUUUGGGCAAGCUGUCUCCUAUCGCUGCAGCAAGGCUGCUCUGAAUAUGCUCACCAAGUGUCAGUCCUUGGCCUACAGGGAACUGGGGAUCCUGUGCAUCGCUCUCCACCCUGGCUGGCUGCAGACCACUAUGGGGAAUACAAGCGAUUACCAGGCCCCAAUGACAGUGGAUGAAGGUGUGCGAGGAAUCAUGAACACUCUCGCCAAGCUCUCUGAGAAGGAAACUGGAGCCUUCAUCAACUGGGAAGGGAACCUUCUUCCCUGGUGAGAUGCUUGCCCAGCCACAGGCCAGGAGCCCUAUGCCAAGGCAUUCAAGUGACUAAGCAGUCAGGCCUACUUGUGUCUUUAGUAAACACCCUAUUCUUAACAUGCAGAACCACCUGAGCCCUCCUCUUUGUUUCCUGGUGGCAUAAGUCAUGCUAUUCAUGGAGUUUCGUGGAGUCUAACCAGUGUGCAAUGCACUAUAUGGAAGAUAAGUGAAUGCUAAGCCCUAGGGGGUGCUUGUACACGUGACAAUGUCACGAUAUACAUGUGAUAAAAAUUUCCCUUUGUGUGGCUUAAUGGCAUCACACAUUACAUAUACAUGAGUUUUGGGGGGUUUAAAUGAGUUUGCAUUGUUACAAAUUAAACUACAUCCCGAUGUAGUUUAGUUUGCAUUGUUGCAACUUGGAACAUUGCAGCCAUUAGUCAGCUCACCCCCUGGCCAUGAGGGAGAUGGGCAGGCUCUGCAGAAAAAAAGGAUCAGGCCCCUCACCACUUCUGCCUUUAGCAGGCUCCUGCGGCCGGCAGGACACUUGGGGCUGCUCAGGAACAGGCUGGCUUGCCCCUGGGGCAGUGUGGGGCGGUGGCAGGAGGGUGGCUGGGUGUGCUGGCAGCUGGAGAAGGCGGCAGGGACGGGGUGUGGGGCUGCCUGAGUGGGCUGCUAGCUUCCCUGAGCCCACCCGGGCUUCCAGUGCCCCAUGCACCAUCCCUGCUGCCUUCUCCAGCCACCAGCCCACCCAGCUGCCCUCCUGCUGCCUCCCUGUACUGCCCCACGGGGAAGCCAGCCUGUUCCUGGUUGGCCCCAGGCGUCCUGCCAGCCUCAGGAGCCCACUGAAGGCAGAAGCAGUGAGAGGCCCAAUCCUUUUUUUUCUGUGGAGACUGCUUGGCUCUCCCAUGGCUGGGGGGCAAGAUGACAGAUUAAUGGCACAGAUUAAUGGCCCCCUGGCUGUGGGAGAGGCAGGCAGGCUCUGCUGAAAAAAAAUUAAAAAAGGAUCAGGCCUCUCACUGCUUCUGCCUUCAACAGGCACCUGUGGCCACCAGGACAAUAACAUAUAUACAGUGACAGAAACAUAAAAUCCGCAGUUUCAAUUAAAAACUCACUGUUUCAAUGUAGGAGGUUUACAAUACAACUCUAAGGACUAAAACCCCAUCACGCUUACAAGCACCCAUAAUGCCUAACAGGUUUCAUGGGCUCUCUGAAGUUGUUAGGUAACCAAGUUCUGCUGAUCUGUGGUAUGUUAUAGAGCUUUGUAACUUCAAUUCUUGCUGCCCAGCUCUGGUGAACAGAGUGAGAAUCAGCUAGAGCUGUUUGUCUUCACUAGAGUAAAACUUCCCUGCCUUGUCCAUGUAGUUGAAUUAAACUCUCAGUUGUUCUAUUGGGAACUCUAAUUUUAAAUGGUUUAGAUUCCCAGGUAGGAAAUCUCAGGACAAACUGUAGCAGCUUAUAUGCUAUGAUGUAGAAGCACUUAGAACUGGUCACUGAAUAAAGAUGAUCUCUUGCAGA